AUGGCCUUCACCGUCCUCAUCUCAGGCGCCAAUCGCGGCAUAGGAAAGGGCCUUCUUCAGCGGUAUCUCAUCCAGCCUCACCACGUCGUCAUUGCGGCCAACCGAGACCCGUCGCACCCGACAUCCCAGUCCCUGAACGACCUGCCAAAGGGCGAAGGCAGCCGCUUGAUCAUCGUCAAAGUCGACGCCUCGUCCGAGACCGACGCCGCGGGCGCCGCCGAGGAGCUGCAGAAUUCGUAUGGCAUCGAUCAUCUUGACCUGGUCAUAGCCAACGCCGGCAUGUCGACCGUCUGGCCUACGGUUGUGGCCCUCGCGAUUGCGGACCUGCAGGCUCACAUGGCAGCCAAUGCGUACGGAGUCGUCGCGCUUUACCAGGCGACACGGCCGCUGUUGCAGAAAUCCACCAAGGAGCCCAAGUUUAUACCCAUCGGAUCCAAGGCGGGUUGCAUGAAGGACCAACCCCCCGUCCCGAAUAGCGCGUACGGGCCGACUAAAGCGGUGGUGAACUGGCUGACGGUCAGAAUCCACGCCGAGGACGACUGGCUCACCACCGUUGCCGUGCAUCCCGGCCUGGUCGACACAGACCUCGGCUCUUCCGGGAUCCGCUGGUUGAUUCACGAGAGCGGCUACGAGUUUAUCAAGGGGUUCGACCUGGAGAAGUCUAUGAUUAGCGUCGGUCAGUCGUGUGACGGUAUUGUCAAGGUCAUAUCUGAAUCUGUGAGGGACAAACACGGUGGCAAACUGGUCUCAUAUACUGGUGAAAUUAUAGAUUGGUAA